AUGCGCACUGUAAGGAAAAAGCAAUUGGGCAUUAUGCCAAAUGCAGAAAUCACGGCAACAGCAAUAAGCACGAUUGAACUAACAAACAAAUACGAAUAUCAAUACGGACGCCAAAAUAACCGCGACGCAAGGUGCCGCGCGCGACCACGUGAGCGUCGACUUCACGGCGUCGGCGUCGAUACGCAGCCGGUCGGCGUGGUCAUGGUUAACGAACAUUGUCUCGUGGAUGCAUGGUUAGAAGCGGUUGCGAAAGGGAGCCUGCUAGUGGGUGACGUCCCACUUCUCAUUGCUAGUGUUGAUUUUGCUCAACUGCAAGCACGAGAAUCAAUUAAGGAGAAUUUUGCUCAUCGUCAGUCAUCAGUCCUGUCUGUGGAGCGUGGUCAACCCAUUACCGUCAGUCUUCUGUGCAAAGUGGUACCGCUCCUUGCUAUAUUCCGCAACGAGACCUGGCGGCGUUGUUGUUUUGAUGCGUUUGCGAAAUAA